UAUACUUCGAAUCUCUGCUAAAACCUUAAACCCUAGCCGACGAACCCUCGAGUUUCAUACGUUUGCAAUGGCAGGUGUUGCGCGUAACAAGAAGAAAGGAGCGAAAUCCCAAAAGCCUCCAUCGAAGAAGCAAAAGAAAGUUGCUUUCGAGGAGAAGCCCCGCGAAAAGCCUGAAAUUUCCGACGUUUCCGAUGCUUCUACCGACGAAGAAGCUGAAGAGCUGGGUGAAUCCGAUGAAGUAGGAAGCCAGGGGUCUGAGUCAGGUUCUGACUUUUUCUCAGAUGGUGAUGGGGAAGAAGGGGACGGGGAUGAACCCAUGGGCGACGACUUUCUAGGAGGUAGCGACGAUGAAGAGCAAGGUUUGGGCUCGGAUUUGGAAUCCGGUUCGGAUGCGGACUCGGAUUCUGAUGAAUCCGACAUUGAGGCGAAAUCUCGAGCUAUUGAUGAGGAACGUGCAAGGCAGGAGGAAGAAGCUGAAGCUGAGAUGCAGUUGAACAUUAAGGAAGAAUCUGACGAGUUUCGAUUACCAACCCAAGAGGAACUUGAAGAAGAGGCACGAGGGCCACCAGAUCUUCCCACCAUCCAGAGGAGAAUAAAAGAGAUUGUUAGAGUGCUAUCAAAUUUUAAGGAUUUGAGGCCAGAGGGAGCGAGGAGGAAGGAUUACGUUGAACAACUUAAAGCUGAUCUUGGCUCUUACUAUGGCUAUAAUGAAUUUCUUAUUGGAACUUUGGUUGAGAUGUUUCCUGUUGUUGAACUCAUGGAGCUAAUAGAAGCUUUUGAAAAGCAGAGGCCUACAUGUAUACGGACAAACACUCUUAAGGCUCGUAGACGGGAUCUAGCUGAUGUUCUUUUGAACAGAGGUGUUAAUCUAGACCCGUUAAGCAAGUGGUCCAAAGUUGGGCUCGUUGUUUAUGAUUCUCAAGUGCCCAUUGGUGCAACUCCUGAAUAUUUGGCUGGUUUCUACAUGCUGCAAAGCGCUAGUUCGUUUUUACCAGUGAUGGCCCUUGCUCCUCGAGAGAACGAACGGGUUGUUGAUGUAGCUGCUGCGCCUGGUGGUAAAACAACUUAUGUUGCAGCUCUGAUGAAAAAUUCUGGCAUAAUUUAUGCAAAUGAAAUGAAAGUACCAAGGCUAAAGUCAUUGACUGCCAAUCUGCACCGCAUGGGGGUGACGAAUACCAUAGUGUGUAACUAUGAUGGAAGAGAGCUACCCAAGGUUUUAGGUGUCAACUCAGUUGACAGAGUAUUGUUGGAUGCACCUUGCAGUGGGACUGGGGUUAUAUCAAAAGAUGAGUCAGUUAAGACUUCCAAAAGUGCUGAUGACAUACAGAAAUGUGCCCAUUUGCAAAAGCAACUUAUUCUUGCCGCUAUUGAUAUGGUGGAUGCCAAUUCUAAAACUGGAGGAUAUAUUGUUUACUCAACAUGCUCAAUCAUGAUUCCCGAGAACGAAGCUGUCAUUGACUAUGCUCUGAAGAAAAGGGAUGUUAAACUCGUUCCAUGUGGACUUGAUUUUGGCCAGCCUGGCUUCGUCAGAUUUAGAGAACACAGAUUCCACCCGUCUUUGGAGAAGACUAGACGGUUCUACCCCCAUGUACAUAACAUGGAUGGAUUUUUCGUGGCAAAGUUAAAGAAAAUGAGCAAUGCGAAGCAAACUUCAGAAAGCGAUGAUCCAGUUGAAACCGUGGAGCAAGCUCAAGUGCCAAACGAUGAUACAGCUGAGGCCAACGACGAGUUAGAGAAGUCUGCUAUUACCAAUGGGCAACCGAAGCAAGAGAAGAAGACUAAAGAAACUAAGAAAAAACUCAAAUCCUCCGACGGAAAAAGAAUUCCAAAAUCAAACGAGGCCAACAAGCGCAAAAAGGGAACGAAUGCCAAAUCAGAAAACGGGAAUGCAGAGGACCAGUCUAAAGCCGGAAAGCAAAAGAAGAAGAGAUCUCAAUGGAAGGCUGAAAUUGCUCAAUCUAGGGAAGAUAAGAGAAAAGCCAUGAGAGAAAAGGCAAAGAACGAGAGGGAAGAGGUCAAGACGCAAAAGAACCGUGGAGAAAAUUGAUUCUUCUUGCGCCUGAGAGAGAGGGUUUCCAGGGAAGGUAAUAGACUGUGCCCUCUUAAGGCUAUAUAUACGUUAGCAUCUCUGAUUAAUUUACUGUUGCAUGUAACCUCAACACUCGGAAAACCAUAGGGAAACAGUUAAGAAUCUAUCUAUGUUGAACUCCAUGGACAAGUUACAUGUCCAGAUGAAGUUUUGUUUCAUUUCAGUAAAAAUGCUUUCUGAUUGUGAAGC